UCUUCAUACUCUCCACACCGACAUCCAUGGCCUUGACACGACUCGGUCACAGACUGAGAGCGCCGGUUGUCUCCUUUAGACGCACAGCCACUCCUCGUCGGGGAGCUCAUGAUCUCAUCGUCGAGCAUUCUCCCUCCUCUCAUACCCCUCGACCGAUAAUCAAACGCGGACCUCCCACCGGCGGUCGAUCUUCAGUCUCUGGCAACGUAGUCACUGUCUUUGGCUGUACCGGUUUUCUCGGUCGAUACACUGUAGCAAAAAUCGCAAAACAAGGUGCACAAGUCAUCGUACCUUAUCGUGACGAAGAUGAGAAACGUCAUUUGCGUGUCAUGGGGGAUUUAGGACAGAUCGUUCCGAUGGAAUGGGAUGCCAGGAACCCUGAUCAGAUAUAUGAAUGUGUCAAGCAUUCAGAUACGGUAUACAACCUUGCCGGGAGGGAUUGGGAGACAAAAAAUUUCACUUUCGAGGAUAUUAACGUCAAGGCUGCUGGCUUGAUUGCUCGAGUGGCGGCACAGGCCAACGUCCCUCGACUGAUACACGUCUCGCAUCUCAAUGCAUCACCCAGCUCAACCUCGGAAUUUUAUCGUACAAAGUACGCUGGAGAGCGGGCGGUGCGGGAGGCUUUCCCAGAAGCUACUAUUGUUCGUCCAGCAGGCAUGUAUGGUGCGGAAGAUUGGUUAUUGAACGCUAUUGCGCAAUAUCCUAUCCUUUUCAAAUUCAAUCAGGGUCGUACCAAAAUCCUCCCCGUUCACGUUCUUGACGUCGCAUCAGCACUCAGCGUCAUGCUCACCGCACCCGUCACAUCUGUCGCCUCAACCUUCGCCCUUCCUGGCCCCGCGAUGCACACGUUCAACUCUCUGUUCGCACUCACAAGCGCUAUGACCAUGAGACCCGUUUCCGGCGUUCCCGAGGUACCAAAAGCGGUUGCAAAGCUCGUAUCCUCCAUCAUUCACCGAGCCAUCUGGUGGCCUGUGAUCAGUCCUGAUGAAAUUGAACGUAAAUUCAUCGACGAUAUGGGUACGGAACUGUUUGCCAGUCCGGGCGAGGAGAAACCUAGUGGUUGGGCCACAUCUCGAAGUGAUGGAGCGGUAGGCAUCGAUGGAGAACCUGUCAAGGGUUGGGCAGAUCUGGACAUCUCACCGGAUUAUAUUGAGGAGCACGCAAUCAAGUAUCUCCGACGAUAUAGAAGCGCAUCCAACUACGACCGUCCUGUCGAAUUGGGCAAUCUGAAACCUCCGAAGGCAUACCAUGUCGUCCCAUAACACCGACAUGCAUCGCAUACAUCUGACUCGCAA